CAUGGCGGCCCCGGAGCCCUCUCCGAGGCGGGGCCGGGAGCGGGAGCGGGAGGACGAGAGCGAGGAUGAGAGCGACAUCCUGGAAGAGAGCCCGUGCGGCCGCUGGCAGAAGCGGCGGGAACAGGUGAACCAGGGCAAUAUGCCGGGGGUCCAGAGCACCUUCCUGGCCAUGGACACAGAGGAGGGGGUGGAAGUGGUGUGGAACGAGCUGCACUUCGCCGACAGGAAGGCCUUCGCAGCCCACGAGGAGAAGAUCCAGGCCAUGUUCGAGCAGCUGGCGCUGGUGGACCACCCCAACAUUGUGAAGCUGCACAAGCACUGGCUGGACACCUCCGAGGCCCGCGCGCGGGUCGUCUUCAUCACGGAGUACGUGUCGUCGGGUAGCCUCAAGCAAUUCCUCAAAAAGACCAAAAAGAACCACAAGGCCAUGAACGCCCGGGCCUGGAAGCGCUGGUGCACGCAGAUCCUGUCCGCGCUCAGCUUCCUGCACGCCUGCAGCCCCCCCAUCAUCCAUGGGAACCUGACCAGCGACACCAUCUUCAUUCAACACAAUGGCCUCAUCAAGAUCGGCUCCGUGUGGCACCGCAUCUUCUCGAAUGCGCUCCCUGAUGAUCUCCGAAGCCCCAUCCUCACUGAGCGCGAGGAACUGCGGAACCUGCAUUUCUUCCCUCCAGAGUAUGGCGAGGUUGCCCACGGGACUGCAGUGGACAUCUUCUCCUUCGGGAUGUGUGCACUGGAGAUGGCUGUGCUGGAGAUCCAGGCCAAUGGGGACACCCGGGUCACAGAGGAGGCCAUUGCUCGCGCCAGGCACUCGCUGAGCGACCCCAACAUGCGGGAGUUUAUUCUCUCCUGCCUGGCCCGGGACCCUGCCUGCCGGCCCUCUGCCCACAAUCUCCUCUUCCACCGCGUGCUCUUCGAGGUGCACUCACUGAAGCUCCUAGCAGCCCAUUGCUUCAUCCAGCACCAAUACCUCAUGCCUGAGAACGUAGUGGAGGAGAGGACCAAGGCCAUGGACCUGCACGCCAUCUUGGCAGAGAUUCCCCGGCCCCACCGGCCCCCGCUGCAAUGGCGGUAUUCAGAGGUCUCCUUUCUGGAGCUGGACAAAUUCCUGGAGGAUGUCAGGAACGGGAUCUACCCACUGAUGAACUUUGCAGCUGCUCGGCCCCUGGGGCUGCCCCGUGUGUUAGCCCCACCCCCUGAGGAGGCCCAGAAGGCCAAGACCCCAACACCAGAACCCUUUGACUUGGAGACCAGAAAGGUGAUCCAGAUGCAGUGCAACCUGGAGAGAAGCGAGGACAUGGCGCGCUGGCAUCUCACGCUGCUCCUGGAGCUGGAGGACAGGCUGCACCGGCAGCUGACCUACGACCUGCUCCCAACCGACAGCGCCCAAGACCUGGCCUCCGAGCUCGUGCACUACGGCUUUGUCCACGAGGAUGACCGGACGAAGCUGGCUGCCUUCCUGGAGAGCACCUUCCUCAAGUACCGCGGGGCCCAGGCCUGAUCCCGUACCCCAGCCCUUCGGGACCAGCCUGGGCGCUGCCCGACCCAGCUAGUGAGGACCCGCCCGCCCGCCUCAGCUCAGCGUG